CAGAGAGUGCGGCCUGCAAGGGAGAAACGCUGGGCUAUUGAAAGCCUUGGCUUAGAAGCACAAGUAGAGUCACUGUGGUGGCUCGGGGUAAACCAUUGCCAUGUCCAUGCCAGGCGCGGGAUCAAUUCGGCCGUGGAGCAGAGCCAAAGAGAGCGAAUUUGUCAGGAACCUUUUCAGAAUUCUCGACGACCCCUCACAGAGGGAUUUGGUUAGAUGGGGACAGGAAGGCGAUACAUUUAUCGUGGUGGAGGUACACCCCAUUGAGCUCGCACAGGCAGCGCAGUUUGCAUGCCAACGCCGACAGCUAGGGCGAACGAUUCAACAAAUGCAUCCUGCAGAAGCAUUUCAGGCAUAGCAAUAUGUCGAGUUUCGUACGACAACUCAACAAGUAUAGCUUCUAUAAAGUGGCGUCAUCGCUAAAUGAUGGAUCAUUGUCCAGUGGGAGCACGAUGUCGGAGUUUAAACAUCCGCACUUUCGACUCGGCGGGGAGGGCGAGUUGUAUAAAAUUUGCCGAAAAGCACCAGCACCAAAGCAUCCAAGGGCGAUGGAUAGUUUCACACAAUCUCAAGGCAUUAGCAUCAUCUCGGAGAAUUUGACCGCAACACAGGAUCAGAUCCGGAAUAUCGAACGGACGCAUGCUAACGAGGCGCGGACCAACAAGCUCCUCGUUGAGGAGGUCUUGGCCCUGCAGAAGAUGCUUAAGGCACAGACCGAAGCACAGCACGAAAUACUUAACUACCUUUCCCCGUUCACCUACGACGGCCGACAUAACAAUCCCAGGAGAGGUACCAGACGUAAGCUGCAGCCGUGAGGAAGGACGACAUCAGCAAUAACUUGUGGGUAUCGAAGCCUUCAGACUUGCAUCGAACACCAGACCAAUAAAAAAAGAACUUGCUCACAUGUAUUCCAUCCGGAGGACAGCCCUAUUUUAAAUGCGCCAGACGAUAAUUGGGUGGGUGCGCUAGAUCCAGGGAGCGAUUCGUACGGCUACCGAGCAUAAAACAUUCUCUCGGGGGGAUUUCUAAUAAAGG